AAGGGUUCGGAAUCCGUCUGGUAGACCCUUCUUUACGCUUCUCUCCGAUUCUAUCGAUCUAUCGUGAAUAUCUUUCAAAAUUAUCACUUAUAGCUAUUAUACUUUAAGAUCGAAGGAUAACAAUUUGGAUCGAAUAAAAAUUAACUAUAUUGGCGUGUUCGACUAAGAAAAAAAAGCUGUAGAAAAAAAAGAGUUGAAGAAUUGUUAACGAGAAAGAGAUACAUGAAAAAGAAGAAACUAAACCCGCGUGAAUAAGAAGAAUUAAAGAUAACAAACAACGAGAAAAUCAAGUGUAACAGAUUCAACAGAAGUGAUAUCUUGUUCCUAUCAAGUACCUCCAAAAUCAAGUAGCUAUGGACGAAAAAAAUUACAAAUGCAGAAGCGAGGGAUCAAAGAAAUAACAAAGUUUGAAAGACAAGUAUAUGGAACAGGUGUAGAAAAAUAUUAAAAGAGGGGGCAAAAAAGAGCAGCAUAAGAAAGAGCAGGAAUAGUGGAAGAGGAAGAAAAGAAAGAAGGGAGAAAAGGUGAAGCAAGAGGGAGAAAGAAAGCAAGGAAGAAGAAAGAUAAAGGGAGAGUGAUAAAAGAAGGAAGAAAGAGUAGUGGGAAAAGAAAGAAGGAAAAGAAGAGGGAAACGAAGUGCUGAGAAAGAAGGCAGGAGAAGAGGAAGAAGGAAGGAAGGAAAAAGAGAAAAAGUCGAGAGUGAUCGGAAAAGGAAAGGAGAAAAGAUAGAGAGAAAGAGGAAGAGUGAGACCAAAGAGAAUAAGAGAGGUGGUUCGAAGGUGUUCCAGAGGGACAAGUUUUUAGAGUGCACUUGCUUUUCUUCGUUCGGGGGCAGAGGGUGAAGAAGACAGCGAUGGCCGGAUGGUGGAGCUUCGGUGGUGCUUUUCUUUUGCUUUUUGGUAUCCUUGUUUCCUAUUUGUACAAGAUCAACUGGAUCAAGGAUUUAAGACUAGAAGGUGACAACAAAACAGUUUUAGCGAAUCAUUUGGAAUCUAAGAAACGCAAAUUGGGGAAACUUCCUCCAGUUUAUCCAAACGGAUGGUUUGCCCUGUUAGAAAGUUCCCAAUUAGGAAAAGGUCAAGUAAAACAUGUGGCUGCUCUUGGUCAAAAUUUUGCUGUCUUUAGAACAAAUAACGGAACGGUAAGAAUUUUGGAUGCUUACUGCCCUCAUUUGGGUGCAAACAUGGCAGAAGGUGGUCGUGUGAAGGGUGAUUGCUUAGAAUGUCCCUUUCAUGGUUGGCAAUUUCGUGGUUCCGAUGGACAAUGCGAUUACAUUCCAUAUGCUGACAAAGUGCCACAUGUUGCCAGAACGAAAACUUGGAAAAGUUGCGAGGCAAACGAAAUUAUUUUUGUUUGGUACCAUGCUGAGGAAUUAGAACCACAUUGGCAGCCACAAACAAACAGUCAUGUCUCAAAUCGGACAUGGCGUUACCACGGCCGAAAUGAAUUUCUUAUUAAUUGUCAUAUACAGGAAGUUGCAGAGAAUGGUGCAGAUUCGGCACAUUUAAGCGCAGUGCAUGGCCCGCUGAUAUUUACGAAAAUUGCACACUUCCUUUCUGCUUUCGCUCGUCAUUCGUGGACGAAUGUUAAUUGGACACCGCAUAAUUCUUUCUUAGAAUCUCAGAACUCUAAUGGAACAGAACUAGGAAAACAAGACAAUGAAAAUUUAAGACAUAGAGCAUACAUGACUCUAAGACACCGCCUGCUUUUAUUCGAGAGAUUUGAGAUUUUGCAGUUGGAUGUGAACGUUCAACAAAUCGGCCCGGGAUACGUUGAACUCAUGAUGCACACUUCAUUAGGGUCCAUGUGCAUCUUUCAGACAGUAACGCCAAUGGAACCCCUCUUACAAAAGGUAACUCACAUAUUAUACUCUCCGCCACUGCUUGCUCCAUGCGCUAGUCUGUUAUUCCUAGCAGAGUGUUUAAUGUUCGAAAGAGAUGUAGCUAUUUGGAAUCGAAAAAAGUUCGAGAAACGACCACUUUUGGUCAAAGAAGAUAAAAGCAUACUCGCUUAUCGCAGGUGGUAUGCCCAAUUUUAUUCACAGCAUAGUCCGAGUUAUCAUUCUGCAAUUCCCUUCUUUAUAGGUAUUAUUUAAGUUUAGAAAUAAAGUUUGAGAAAUUAAUAAAUUACUCGAAUUUAUAUCUUCUAAAUUUGUCGUCCAAAAGUUCUCACCGCUGCUCAUGCUUAAUAAAGAAAGAUAAAGUCACGUGACAGAUACAUUGGUCACGUGUCCUAGCUGAUUGGUUGAUUGGAUCCGUGGCGGCUCUUCAGCGCCACGGAAACAGUUAGGUUGCUGAACACAAAGAAUCCGUUCUCGUCGCGCAAGGGAAGAGCAUGACUUCCGAAAUAGACCUGGAUGAUUUCCCAACAUUGAAACUAAAGCAUGUCCAUAUCAAAGACAAGAAACAUUUAUUAAGAACAAUAAAUACAAUGUUGAAAGAUGGAUCGAAUUCAUUACAGGAAUCUUUAGCAAGUGCAAGCAACUUCCAGAAACAUAUGCAAAAGAAUCAAGUCGUCUUUAUCAAAAAUAUAGGCCAAUUGAAAUAGAUCCUAAUUUGUCAGUUGAAAUAAAAACAGAGGCAAUGACAGAAUGGAUGAUAGCAGCAGAAGAAAUUCUGAAAGGGAUACCUUUUAAUCCUAACGAAAUACCAGAAAUAAGCAACAUGUAUGAAAUGUAUUUAAGGGAUGGUACUAAAGAACUUUUAAAAAAAUUGCAUCUUGCUAAAGUGCCAGUUCUAGUUUUUAGUGCUGGCUUAGGCGAUAUUGUUGAAGCAAUCUUAAAAAAUCAAGAUAUUCUGCUUGAUAAUGUAAAGAUAAUUUCAAAUUUUCUCAAAUAUGAAGACGGGAAACUAGCAGGUUUUCAGAAUGAAAGACUAAUUCACGUCUUUAAUAAAAACGAGCAUGCAAUAGAACAAGAUUAUUUUAAAUUUCUUGAAGGAAGAAAAAAUGUCCUUUUAAUGGGUGAUACUAUAGGCGAUGCAUCAAUGGUUGAUGGAAUGAUGAAUACAUGUGCUGUAUUGAAAAUUGGUUUUCUUUAUGACAAUGUAAGUAUUAUAUAUUGCAUUACAAAUUAUGACAAACAAUUGCUAUAUAUUCUAUAGUAUUCUAUGAUCAGAACUUUUAAAAAAGAUUACGAAUUGAAUAAAAAUUUUGAUUCUUUACAGGUUGAAAGUAGUUUGGCUUCAUUUAUGGAAAAAUUUGAUAUUGUUUUGGUAGAUGAUCAAACAAUGCAAGUUCCAAUUGACAUAUUACGAUUGUUGUUAUAAUAUGAUUAAAUAAUUAACAAAGUUAAUUUACAAAUAAUCGAAUGCAGUUUCUCAAUUUCUAUUAUUUAUAAAAUAUUUCUUUCACUUAGGUCUCAAAUCACUUUAAUAUAAUUAUCAUUUAUUUAAUUUAAUUAUAGUAGCUUAAUAAAAUGUAUUAAACAAUAUUAUUUUAUCGAUAAAGUUACUUUUAGUAUAAUUUUAUGCACUAACAAUUUAUAAUGUAUCAGUAAACAACAAAUAAAAAAAAAUAUUUUCCCUUGCAUUUAAAUUUUUAUACAGUACAAUAUAUUCUUUACAAUUACAGUACUACUAUCAUAUUGCAAGAAACAAAUUUUAUUUUAUGAAAAAUAAUAAUAUGCGUAAUAAAUAAAUUGUAAAUAAACAAUGGUUAAAUUUUAUUAAAUAUUUGUUUAUAAAUUCCCUAUAUGAGCCAUGAAUUUAUAACAACUUGGUACAUUCUAUGAAAAAGCAAGUUGAGAACCAGUAAUCAAUUAACCUAAUAUUUACAACGUGACAAACUGUAGUUCUCAUGUUUUUUGAUUAUUAAAGUUUGGUAAUUUUCCAAAAAAAAUUCUAAAAAGUACUUUGGCGUAAGUUAUUCUAUUCAAUUUAAGAAGAUUUAUUUAGAAAUAUUAAAUCAUAAUGGUAUCAACAAAUUUGAUAAAUCUUAAAAAUAUAAUAUUUCAAUAUAUGACGAAAUAACUCCAGCAAACAAGUUCGAUUAAUCGAUUUUAAUCGAUAUUAAGUAUUACAGAUUUCGAUAAUACUUAAUUCAAGCUAGGAGCAUUUAAUAUAAAUCAAUUUCAAUUGGCAUAUGUUAAUUUCAUUUAUAACCAAUAAAUCAAAGAUGGUAUUUUUUUAUAGGUAUUAUUAACACUUAAAAAAAAAUCAAGAGGAACUAUCCAAAGUUUCAUUUUAAAAUCAGUAAUAAAUUAG